AUGGCUAGCCGGUUUGUGAAUCUCGCGGUCAAGCACAUGAACGGCCGCCAUAUUCCUUUCAGCAUACACCGUAUUAAUCCGGCAGAUUUCUUUUACCCAACCGGAUCGCCAGUUCCCAAACAAGGUUCAGCUUUUGUACCACCGGACGAAAUUCAGCUGCCUCCGGCCACCAUCGCCUUCGACUGGCCCUCCCGGCAGGGCCAACCCUGCUCAAUGGAUUUCAUGGCCUUCGGCGCCAACCGGGAUAAGAUCGUCGCCGUGGACAGCAUAGGGUGCUCCUACCUUUACGACGCUCCCGUACGCAGUAUCAGCACCAAUAUGCCCAUGAUGCCCACGUGCAUGCUACAACCCAUGUCCAUUGCUGUCGGUGACAACGGCCUGUUAGUUAUGAGUAAAGCCGAUCACCAGUUCGUGGCUCUGAAUGAUGGCUGCGACCCCAAUUCCAGAUAUUUAUUACCAAUGUCUGGCUGGUACUGGCAGUCCCUCAAGCCGCCUCCCUUCCCCAGCCGCUCCUACCACCAGAACGAGAAAGGCAGUCACCAUCCAUUUGAAGUCAGCUCUUACACGGUAGUUGGCAAUUCACAGUUCUGGGUGUCCACAGUGGGUGCAGGCACGUUUUCCUUUGAUAUGAACAGCGGUGCGUGGAUGAAGGCUGGCAAUUGGGAGCUGCCAUUCAGAGGUCGUGCCGAGUAUGUCCCCGAGCACAAUCUCUGGUUUGGCAUGUUUGGCAAAGACGACCAGCUUUGCGCAUCUGACCUCAUUGCCGUGUCCGCAGUGAGCUCACCAGUGCCACAUAUACUUUGGAAAGAGCUGGUUUGGCCGAAAGAUUGGAAGCUCAGGUCGACCCACCUCCUGCCUCUUGGUUCUAGCAGACUCUGCAUUGCCAGGUUCUUCCUAACUUCAGAUGAUGACAAGGAAGAGAACAUGUCAGACUAUAAGCGCAGCACAACAAAUAAUUUUGGGGUGCUCACGGGGGUGGAAGUGGUGUCUGAUGAAGGAGGACUGCGCAUUAUCCAUCACAAGUCCAUUCGCUUCGAUUUCGGCCUCAGCAUUGCUAGUGUGCUGUGA